UCAGAAUACGAACUGAGUAAGUUACAAUGUCAAGAAUUACAAUCACCAAAUGAAAAUGUACAAUUACACUUUCUUCAGUAUGAUUAUGAAUUCACAGACGUGACUUUACUGUCAAAAAUACAUCAUCAUUUCACAAACUUAUUUACUGAACAGAAGAAACAUUGAUCGAGAUGCCUGGUUCAGUCAUGGUUCCGUCCGUAUGCGUCGCAAAAGUUCGGCAUCUUGAUCGAUGUUUGUUCUGUUCAGUAAAUAAUGACGUAUUUUUGACAGUCGAGUCGCGUCUGUGAAUUGGUACUGAAGAAAACAUAAUUGUGCAUUUUGAUUUUGUGAAUGUAAUUCUUGGUGUCGUAACUUUUCAAUUUGUAUUCUGAUGGAUAAAAUACUCACAAUAUUUUAUGUUCGAGUGGACUCAUUUGAGAGUUUACAGAUAUUUAUUUUAUGCUCAACUACAGACAAAUAUGCAUGGAUUUCCCAAAUAGGCAUGUGAAUAUUUCUGAAAGCUUUCGUAGUCCAUAUGUUUCAUUCGCACAAACCUUCCAUAUUUAGGCUGAGUUCUUGUGAUCCCUGCUUUAAGAAACUGCAAGCUCAUGUUUUUAUUUUUACUGAUGUGUUAAGUCAAAUUGAGACUUUUAAGACUGCUGACGAAAGUAUGACAGAUGUAUGUGGAUUUUCUGUCAUGCGUUGCUCUCAUGUAAAUACAAUGUUGUGUUUUUUCACAGUUUACAUUUGCAUGAACAGAAUCUGUUUAUAGGUUCUGUUCACACUUACCAGAAGACGUUUGGAAACACGCGAAUGAUGAAUUCCGGUGUAAUUCCCGACACUGGGCAUGUGAUAAAACCGUGGAUUCAGCAGCAGCGUCUUCACAACCUGACAAAGCUUUCCAUGAGGGACGCGACUCUAUUCACAGCUUACAAACAGCUUUUUAAAAUGAAGUUAUGCAAAUUAUAAUACACAAAUUAAUAGGCAAUUGAUAAAAGGAAAAAGGAAAGAAUACAAAAUCUAUUUUAAUGAAUUAAAAUAAUCCACAUGUUUCCAAACGGCUUCUGGUUUUGUGACGUGACCAUUGGACAGAGCAGAAGUCGUUGUUUAUUUUAUUUUGUUGACAUAUUAAAUGCAUUUCUUUUCGUUUUUUGGUUAGUAUUAUUAUGUUCAUAGUAGUGGUAGCAGUAUUAGUAGUAUUAGUAGUAGUAGUUUUGUCCUCUGCUCUGUGCACAUGACUGAGUUACUGGUUUGUCUCAGGUUUCUCUGCUUUUGUGAAGUCAUGAAUAAAAUAUAGUGACUAAACCUCAUUAGAGGGGAAUACUUAAUCAUCUUCUGACGUUUCUUUCUUUUUUUUUUUUUUUUUUACACCCGGCUGGCACUUAUUUGACUUUUUUAGACAUCAGUAGUAGUAGUAGUAAUAGUAGUAUUGUAGUAGUAGUAUUAGGCCUAUACUAUCACAAUAUUAUCUUGAAGUAACAAUUGGCCUUUUGAAGUUUUAACUUGACUUCUAUUAUUUCAGCAAAGUCCACUCAUUUUUUAUUUUUUUUUUUAGUUUCUUGUUUAAUACAGUUUUUCUCUUGUUGUCUUAAAUUAAAGCUGCAGUAUGUAACUUUCUGGACCUGAAUGAUUCCAUGGAAAUCGAAAGUCAGACAAAUCUUAGGCCAGAGUUUGUAACAUUAUAGCCAAAGGAACAACAUUUCCAUGGAAACAAGCAGCAGGUGGGGCCUCCUCCAGGACACAGACGAGUCUGGUAUAGUUAUUUUCUGACAAAAAAAAAAGUGACCUUCUACGGCAGGAGUGUCAAACUCAAAUUCACAGAGGCCAAAAUGAAAAACUGGGACUAAGUCGUGGGCCAAACUAAAUAUUUAUUGAGAUAUUUCAACAACAUCGGCAUGUAAUGUUAAACCUUUUCUUUGAAUAUUUUCUUGUUUCUUAAAAUACAUAAUAAAUAAAUAAUAGUUUUGCUUAAACACUGAAUCCAGAACAUGCUUAAUAUAAAAUAAUAACAUUUUAAAUAAAUAAUGUCUCUAUAGUCUAUCUGUGGCCAGUGGGCAGCUCUAAUACUUAUUUGAUAUGAUCUUGUGGGCCAAAUAUAAUUAUAUUGCGGGCCAAAUUUGGCCCCCAGGCCUGAGUUUGACAUGUCUGUACUAUGGUUUUAACUUUAAUCAAAAUGUAUUAGUGCUGUUCUGUCAGGAUGAUAUAGUUUGGAUACUGUUCCCCUCGUCUCUCUGUCUUCUCAUGUCCAGGUGAGAUGUUCCCCGGGGAGUGAAAGUGCUGUGUUUAAGGGGGUAAUUGCGUGUCUGCCCUCCGGCUCUGGUAUCAGUGUUUCCAUGGCGACGCGUGUUAAAUUACAGGCAGGCUGUCGCGAGCUGGACUUUGGAUGGACAGGUGAGGCACGGUCUACUUCCUGGAGCACAGACAGGACGGCACCGCAGCUAUGGCCAAGUUCUUCACUCCCGUUCAGAUCAACGAAUUCAAAGAGUGCUUCUCUCUGUACGAUAAGAAGCAGAAGGGGAAGAUCGAGGUGAAGGACCUGAUCACCGUCAUGCGCUGUCUGGGAACAAGCCCCACCCACGGAGAGAUAGAGCGCCACCUGCAGGUCCAUAAGAUCGAAAAGUCUGGAGCGGUGGACUUCUCCACGUUCCUCACCAUGAUGCACAGGCAGAUGCAGCAGGAGGACCCUAAGGCUGAGAUCCUGGAGGCUCUGAGGAUGACCGACAAGCAGAAGAAGGGCUACAUCCAGGCCACGGAGCUCAGGGCCAAGCUCACCAGCAUGGGGGAGAAGCUCACGCACAGAGAAGUGGAUGAGCUGUUCAGAGAGGGCAACAUCAAGCCCAACGGGACCGUCAACUACAAACAGUUUGCUGAGAUGGUGACGCUGCCCCCUGUGGACUACUGAUGGCACUGCAGGAGGACGGAGGAGACAAAGGCUGAACGUGUCCCCUUAGAAUGAUAUGGUCCCAAGUGCCUUCUGGGUAUUUGUGGGUAGUUUUUAACCUCUCACACAGCAAAUUAGACACUUGGAAAUUGGUUUUGCUCAUAAAAAAUCUCAGAAAACAUCCAAAAUGUAAGAAUAAUUGAAUCAGGACUUAACUGUUGGACAGGACCAUAUCCUUUAAAAGGGACACUGUGUUCAUUUACAAAUAAAUAUUCUUCUUUCUUGAGUAUAUGUUUGUAUAAUGCAUUUACAUUGACUUGUUCUUUUAAUGUGUAAUAAAUAAAGGCAAAUCCCAAAUGUUCAUUAACAUCUUUAAUUGUUUAAUGUUAAACAAACUGUCAUUGUAUGUUUAUAAUAAUGUGAUGUAUAAGAAGUGAACAUUAUUCAAAAGAAGACUGUUUAGAUCAGGGAUAGGCCACAUCAGCGAGUCGAGGGUCAAACCUGAUGCCAGUUUGCACAUCAAAAUGUUCUUCAGGAAUGAGGUUUAGGAUUACAUUGACUUCAUAUACUGGCAAAUUGACUGAACUGAAUGAAAAUAGAUUCUUAUUUCAAUUUCAGCACCAGGACUUGGACCAGAAUUAGACCCUUAGAGGACCACAUCUAGCCCGUGGGCCCUUCUUUUGGCACAACUGAGAUAAUGUGUUUUUAUUUUAAUGUAUUUAUGCAGUAGACAGUUUUAAAUUAUAGAUCACAUUUCAAACUUGAUAAAAGCUAGUUGAUCUUAUUAUUUCUAGUCAAAAUAAAAUUCAUCUGUCCUGUUAAUUUAUUAAAGAUGCACUAUCACCACUUUGAAA